AUGGCUACCGCGAAAGACACGUCUACUUUCUUUCUGGAGGCAGAUGCGAAACAAUUUGACAGUGUUCUAAAGUUAUACCCACAAGCGAUUAAAUUGAAAGCCGAACAGAAAACAAAGAAACCCGAAGAACUUAUAAAAUUGGACAACUGGUAUCAAAAUGAACUACCAAAGAAAAUCAAAUCAAGGGGCAAAGAUGCACACAUGCUGCAUGAAGAGCUGGUGCAACUCAUGAAAUGGAAACAAGCUAGAGGGAGGUUCUAUCCACAAUUAUCAUAUCUCAUAAAAGUAAACACACCACGAGCAGUAAUGCAAGAGACUAAGAAAGCAUUUAGAAAACUGCCCAAUAUUGAAUCAGCAAUGACAGCACUCAGUAACUUGAAGGGUGUAGGAACUGCCACAGCAUCAGCACUUCUCGCGGCAGCCAGCCCUGAAAUAGCGCCAUUUAUGGCCGACGAGUGCAUACAAGCUAUCCCAGAAAUGGAAGGAAGCGACUACACUGCCAAGGAAUACCUCAAUUUUGUAAAACAUAUUAGAAAUGUCUGUGAUAGAUUAAAUAAGAUAAAUGAUUUGCAGGAACAAAAUGGCUGCGGUAAGAAGUGGUCACCACACAUGGUAGAGCUAACGAUAUGGACACACAACAUUUUAUCAGAGCUGCAGCCAGAACUCCUCGGAAAGGAGCGUACCAUCGCGCCCACGAAUGGCGGCUCUCCCCUACCCAGUGAUGAGAGCAAUCUAGAACCACCCUCCACUAAUGGCAAUGGUAAAUUAGGAGUAGAAUCAGUAAAUGAUGACACGACGUCGUGCACGGAAGACUCUUUGGACGCGAAAGGAGCGUCGCCCGCCACGCCCGCGUCGCCCUCGGACAACUCCGACUCGGCGCUAAGCACGCCACGCGCUAAAAGACUAAUAGAGGAGGCGAGUUCAGCGGAAGAGAACUCGCUGGGCGACUCGCUGGACGCGCCGCCGCCCGCCGCCAAGCGCCUGCGCGAGGCCACGCAC